ACUCAUGCCCAUAUCUCAACCUCUCUCUCUCUCUCUCUCUCUCUCUCUCUCUCUCUCUCUCUCUAGCUUGAUGUCUUGCUUCCCUGAUUCGACCAAAGCUUGGAGAAAACUCACCUCCAAACUCCGAACCAAGCUCCAAAAGCUCAGAAGAUCAAAGACCAUCAAGAAAGCAACUUCUCAUCUCAACAGGAGAGGAAAUUACCCCGCGAAAAGGCUGCGUCGUCGUUAUCGCCACCAUCAUCAGGGUUUUGAUCCUGUUUUUGUGGAUGAGCUCUUCCAACAAACCGCGCCAAGUGUUACUGAACAUGUAGUACUUGAACCAGAUAUCAAAGCGAAGAGUCCAACCAUUGAAGCUGCUGCUGCUGCUUCUUCUUCUUCUUCUUCUGCUGCUGCUGCUGAACAUUAUUUCAACUGUUCUUCGGUUGAUGAGAGAGCAGAGAUGUUUAUAGCCAAGUUUAGAGAAGAGAUGAAGCUUCAGAGGCAGAGAUCACUUGAGAAAUAUCAGGAGAUGCUUGCUCGUGGGUUGUAAAUUAAGGAAUGGGUAUUGUAUGAUUUUAAUUAUUUGUGCUUUAUGUUUUUUCUUUUCUUUUUUUUUAGUACUGUAAGUAAUUGUUUGGAAGUUUGAAGGUGCUAAUGCUGUAAUUAAUAUCUUGGGUAAAUUAUUACGCUUGACGACGGACCCCCAUGAGUUAUUAGGUGUUUU